GUGAAGGGGUGGGCAGAGGGAGGGUGGCCAGGGGUGGAAGGGGGUGUGAAUUGACCAGACAUGGACAAAGUGUGAUGUGUGCCCGGGGGUUGGAGGGUGCGUUGCGUUUUGUGUUUCUUCCUGCUUCCCCUAGCUUUUUAAUGGUCAAUUGGUUGAUGUGUAUCCUUAUGGGACCCCGGGGACAGCGUGCCGUGCGUCUCUUCCGUUCUUGAGGGUUGAGUUGAGUUGAGUUGUCGAGAUUGAUGGGACUGAAUCUGUACAGAUAUGGGUAUCGCCGUCCGCAUACACCAAUGGCAGUCCGGAAUCAAGAUAGAGACUGGAGGAACCACAGGAGAACGUUGACGUGUGCUUCGCGUGGUUUUCCGGAAAACCAGUGCCUGUGCCUGCGCCUGCGUGAACGAGGGAGAGAUGGUCACCAGCCGCCAGCGAAGUCUCCUGCCGGCAGGGGGAAUGUCAAUGUCGUCGAUGGGAUCGGGGACUGCCAGGACUGGGCCUGAUCGUCGCGAGUUCUUUCUGCUUCAGUAUCAACGGAGUGGACCCGACCAGCUUUCCAGCACACCACUUGCUGCUCGGCUCCAAGUGCUGCCCUGGUUUGCGGCUUG